CAUCAUCAUCAUCAUCAUCAUCAUCAUCAUCAUCAUCAUCAUCAUCAUCAUCAUCAUCAUCAUCAUCAUCAUCACCUUCAACACAGCUAUACGCUUUCAUAUAUCAACAAUGCACAGAACAACGCUUCUCACUCUCAUCCUCUGCCUCCUCUCCAUCGCCACCCUCCCUCUCACAACCGCCCAAACCUGCGGCGCCGCUCAGGCCUGUGCCUCUCCCACCGAUUGUUGCUCCGCCGCCGGUUUCUGCGGCUCCACUGUCGACUACUGUGGCGCCGGCUGCGUCAACGGGCCUUGCUCCUCGGCUCCACCCGGUUCCUCCUCUGCCCCAUCCUUUCCCACAACUCUUUCCACAAUCGAAACGGGCUCUGCGACCCUCUCCCCCACCUCUCCCGUCACGGCCACUCUGACGGUGACCACGACGGAUAUCCUCACGACCCUGACCACGACCACGGCUCCCAUAACCACAACAACGCCAGCUACACCAAUUUCUGCGACCGUGAGCUCGACGAGUACUCUUUCGACCUUCCAAUUGCAACCGACCGGAAAGCCGAAUAGUGCGCAGGAUAAGAAGGGUAUUGAGUCCAGAUUGGCCCUCGUCAUCGUUGUCCUCGCGGGCUUGUUUAUGGUUUAAGGAACAGAAAUAUAUGAGAACAGGAGCCGACCCUAUCGAACAGCAUCAAGUGCAUUUCUUUCAAUCCACCGUAUACAUCACUAUCAUAGGCACAACUCUAUAGUUGACAUAAUUAUCCAAUUAGCACCUCCUUGUAAUAAACAUAUUACUACACUUUUGUAGCCCCCGUACUAGCACCUGAACUGGGUCACCAACGC